AUGGAUUCUUCAGGCCCUUUUCCUCUCCUGGCUCACCCGUACCGGUCCCCGGUCAGGGGCACCUGUGCCUACGAGCUGGGUAACACGGCCGCCAAGAACGCCCUCGUCUUCAUUGGAGGUCUGAAAGAUGGCCCUCAUACGACGCCGUAUGUUCGAACUAUUGCUCGGCGGUUGGAAAAGACGCCCGAGUUGAACUUCUCCGUCUUUGAAACACGGCUAAGGAGCGCCUUUGACGGAUUCGGAACCUCAAGCCUAGCAGACGAUGUCCAAGACAUCUCCGCACUUGUCAAGUAUCUUCGCUCCAUUGGCCGGGAAAAGAUUAUUCUGUUUGGCCAUUCAACCGGGUGCCAGGAUUGUAUGGAAUAUACAAACUACGCCAAGCAUUCCAACAGCCCCGUGGAUGGCUUCAUUCUGCAAGCACCUGUUUCGGACAGGGAGUCUCUGGAUACCUUUCUUCCGGAUUACCAAGCCAAGCUCGACUAUGCCAACAAGAUGAUUGCUGAGGGAAAGGGGGCGGACUGUCUGCCUAAUGAGUAUUCGAUUGCCAUGCUGGACGCACCGAUUUCAGCAAACAGGUUCCACGACCUCUUUUCCAAAGGGGGGGCCGAUGAUUACUUUUCCUCCGACCUGGACGACCAAACAGUCAGGAAUUUUUGGGGCCGGUUCAACAAGCCUGUGCUCGUGUUGCACUCGGAAAAGGAUGAGUUUGUUCCAGCCAGAGUCGACCAGGCGGCGUUGAACAAGAAGUACCAGGCGGCAAGCUCAUUCGUCAGCCCAUUGUCUGGGCUCAUACCGGGGACGGGUCACACAGUCUUGCAGGAGGAGGCUCGGGAAUGGCUGGCGGGGAGGGUUGUUGAGUUUCUCCGGACUCUUUAG